AUGGUCCUUCGGCUGUGCGCUCUCCUCCUUAUUACUCGUCGUCCUAUUAUUAUUAUCCUUCUGGCUGCUUGCGAGGAGCAGCACCAGCAGCCACGGCGAAGCCAAGUCGAGAACGGAAGCGGACAAAACAAAAGCGCAGCAGCCCACAGUUGCGGCAGCGGCUCUUGUCUUAACGGUACACCCACGGUGUACGGUCUCCGAUCAACGAGACUAACCGAGAGGAUAGCCGUCGGCAGGAAGGACUCUCCCCUGGAAGGUCCAGGCUCAGGGCCUGCCCAGUUCGAAUUCGCUUACGCAACGGGGACGCGUUCGCCGCGAGACAGCUUCCAGUUGGAUUACUCACUCGACUUCUUCAAGACGUAUAUCGAUACGCAGCGUUUCUACGCCGGCCACAAGUUGGAUUUCAAACAUCAGAGUUGUGCCGGCGGCCCUGGUUCCGGUGGUGGUGGCGGAGGCGGAGGAGGAGGUGGAGCUGCUGGAGGAGUCGUCGUCGGCGGCAACAACAACAGCAACAACUCAGCGGUCCAGCAACAGCAGCACCAGCAGCAACAGCAACAGCAACAACACCAGCAGCAGCAGCAACAGCAGGCGGUAGCCAGCAGCGGCAACAGCGCCAGCAACGGGAGCAGCUCCAGCUCCACCCUGUCGCUCACCCAUCCGCACGUCCACAGCAGUCACGCCCACGGCCACGCCCAGGCACUGGCGGUAGCGCACGGCCACCACGGACUGCUGCCAUCGGUCUCAGUCUCUGUGCCCCACCAGCAGCCGCAACAGCAGCCGCAGCCCCAGCAGGCGCAACAGUUGCCGACGGGCGUGGGAGUCGCCGCGCCGCUCCAGCAACAGCAGCAGCAGCAACAGCAACAACAGCAGCAGCAGCAGCUGAUCAACAACGGAGCGCCGACCCUGCUGAUCGGUAACGGACCCAGCUCGGCCGGAACGGGCACCGGAGCUGGAUCCGUGUCUGCCGUAGCAGCGGCCGCAGCUGCUGCCGCCUCCAUUCCGCACGUGACGCCCCACAGCUUGGGACUCAGUCCGCAGUCGAGCGCCGACUCGCAGCAGUUCAACAUCUUCCCGGCGAUCUUCAGCCGCCAGCUGAACUUCUCCGCCGGCGGGCAGGCGGGAAAGCUGAGCAUGGACGAGCUACGUCCCAAUCUGGUGGGUGGGCUGCUGGGCCUACAGCAGGGACUGCUGGAGGACCACGCCAGCAUGCAACACGGCGGCGUGGCGCAGGAUACCAAGUUCAUGUCGUUCCAGGACCAGCGGCUGAUGGGCAUUGGCGGCUCGCACGAGAACCGACUGCUUAGCCUCGCCAGCUCAGUGCAGGAUACCCGCUCCCCGAUCACAACGCUUGACAAGUCCUCCUCCUCGUCGCUCAACCACCAGCGCAAGUGCAGCACCACGCCGGAGGACUUCAGCGCCCUCUACUCAGGCCUGCCCACACCCGGCAUGGACUCGUCCUCGCACCACCACACCCCGGCGCACACGCCGCCCUCGCGCCUCUCCGACCACACAAUCUCGGCAGAGGGAGCCUUCAAGAAGCUCAAGCCGGAGCCCAACAGCGGCCUUUCGACGGUGUCCACAGGCAUCACAUCGCCCGGAAGUGGAUUAUCAACGCUGAGUCAGCACGCCGGCCACACCCCAACCACAGCAUCCUGCCCCACACCAGCCAGGCGGAGACAUCGAACCACAUUCACACAGGAACAAUUAGCGGAACUGGAAGCUGCAUUUGCGAAAUCGCAUUAUCCGGAUAUUUACUGCCGCGAAGAGCUGGCGCGCACUACGAAGCUGAACGAGGCGCGGAUUCAAGUUUGGUUUCAGAACCGACGAGCCAAGUACCGCAAGCAGGAGAAGCAGCUGCAAAAGGCGCUAGCACCGUCUGUGAUCCCCUCCUGCAACGGAAUGAUGCGCAACAUUCAGGGCUACAGCGUCUCUCGCGGGUACCAGCCGUAUCCGCAUCACAACACCAUGAAUCGCUAUCCCCAGGAUCUUUUUCAAAUGGGCGCUUCCUCGUAUCCCGGCAUGACACAACCGUUCUCCAUGGCCCACAGUACGAACAUGGGCUCCGUCGGGGUGCGGCAGGACUCGAUGGGAAUGUCGCCGGAGGACGAGUGGUACAACAAAAGCCUGUCCGCCCUGCGGAUGAACUCCUCGCACCAUCCCAACUUGUCAGCCCCGAUGCUACAGUACCAGACAUAAUCAAAAACCUUUGACGACUUCUUUUAAAAGAUCGCAACUCACCCGAUGAUGUGCGGUGUUUUAAAGGCGAGUGCGUCAAACGGUGUCCCGCAGCAUCCUCAAAGGUCUAUAUCUCUGUCUAUAUCUAUGCAUAUAUCGGUGUAUAUAUGUACAUACGAGAGUGUGUGUGUCUCAGUCAGUCACUUGGUCACUCAAUCAGCUAGUCAGUCAGUCAGUCAGUCAGUCAGUCAGUCAGCCAGACAUUAGUUUCCAGACCCACGAUCCAUAUCGAAAAAGGACUUAAUUGCAUUCGGUUGAAGCUAAUUGAAUCGGAGAUGGUAAUCGUCGGUUGGCGUUUGCACCUCUAGUCGAGAUAUUACUUAUAAGACUUGUUAUUAUGAUUGUUUUUUUUGAACUUUUUUUAUUCGGAUCCAAGGCGAACGUAGAGCACGGGGCGAGGGUGGAGAUACGGAGUAGCAGGUAAUAAUUGAAAAUGGAAAGUAUUGUAAUAGACAACUAGUCAUAGGAUCUAAGCGAAUUGUGUAUUGAGAUUUUAGCGCGGCAUUAUAAUGUUAAAUGGAGCAGAGAUCAUGCACACAUAUAAAUAUAAAUAUAAUUAUAAAUAUAUGCAAACGUAUUGAACUAUAUACUAGCAAUAGCGUAAGUCAGGUUGUUCAGUCCUCUCUAUGUCCAGAGUCCGGGCUGCGGAGCAACCCGCUCGGAUCAGCUCCCAGACACCAGGCGGGAGCCGGGAUCCGGACAUCAGGCUCCCAGUGCCGGGUUUUGAACCACUCUUCAUUGCCUGCUCAAUAGGUACUAACUAGAGCUUAUCCGCACACGAAUUACAUAGUCCUCCCCUCCCAGCCGACCACUUAAGAAGCAAACUGCACUGGAACCCACUCCCACCACGCCACUCCCCCAACCCAAUCAAACUACAAACUUUCUAACUAAAUCAAGAUGUGUCGAACUAACUAUAAGACGAUUUUUUUUAGCUAAGCAAUCCAUUAACGAGUUAAAUUUAAUUGUAAUACUAACGAACCCAAAAAACUAAAAUGAAAUGCAAAAACCAAAAAAAAACAAAGUAACGAAACAAACCAAAAACCACUAAAAUACAUUAACAACGAGGCGUGCCGCAGAAAUCAGGAGCUAGUCCCUCGGAGUCCAGUCCUUCUUCCCGUUGUAUGUUGUUCCAUCAAGGUGGAAGCUCUCAGAUGUCAGGGACUCCCACCUGCCGAACAACGUAGUGGGCUGGAGAAGUAUUUUCGGGUUUCUGGGGCACUCCUGAAUAUAUAUUUAAAUACGAAAAUAUAAUAAUAAAAGCCGAAACAAAACUACCAGGAUCAUGUUUCAAAAAUUGAUCUAGUCACAGAAGUGGAGAAAAUGGAAAUAAUAAAAGUCAUUAACAAAAAAUCGAUA